UGCAGACCGAACCAUCGCGGCGGCCGCCGGCGGGGCCCUCCGCGGCCGCUCGUCCUGGGCCGGUUCGGCCAGCCCGGUCCGCUCCCUGCCCGCGGCCCCGCGGCGGCGACGGCGAGGACGCGGCGGCCCCUGCAGCCCGCGAUUGGCCCUCGGUCCCUUGCGAGCCCCGACUCUCCCCCCUCGCGGUCCUCUGGCUGCAGCGCCGGGGGCCGGGGAGCGCGGCCGAGAAAUUCCCAGAGCACCAUUCCUGUUCCUGUUGAAUCUUGAAUUGGAAGCCACUAAGACUCAGUAAGUCCUGAAAAGGAAAUAAAAGGUGCACUGGGCCUGUUGAGAGCCAAUCCUGGUCAAAUGAAGCAUCCUCUCCUAUUUCCUGCUGCAGAGAGUACUUUAGCAGAGGAAAAUCUCCUGUGACCUCCGUCUACCAUCCAUAAAGUACUCAUUCCCCUCUCAGCUCUGCCUGCAGUUGAACACAAAGACCUGGAGGAGACUCCCACAUCCUUCAGGGAGAAGAAAGGAGGCGGCGAAGCAGAUUAAAGGAACUUGUGGCUUGUGGCCGUUCAGGGCAGGCGCGGCCUGGGAGCGGAGCAAAGUGCAUUAAAGCCACGGUGGCGGUUAAUGAGCUGUGAGAUGAGGCGCUGCCACCGCCGCCGCCGCUGCUGCUGCUGACGCUCCGCUUCCACGUCCGUCGCCGCUCUUUGUGCUUCAUGCACAUGUGUCUAUUCAGGCCGGCCGGAGGCGCCCAGCACGGAAUCCACCACGGCCGCCGGGGAGAGAGCGCCCGCCAUGCCCACGGAGAGCCUGCAGACAGGUAGCAUGGUGAAGCCGGUCAGCGCCGCGGGCACCUUCACCUCGGCCGUGCCCCUGCGCAUCCUCAACAAGGGCCCCGACUACUUCCGCAGGCAGGCCGAGCCCAACCCCAAGCGGCUCAGCGCCGUGGAGAGGCUGGAGGCCGACAAGGCCAAGUACGUCAAGAGCCAGGAGGUGAUCAACGCCAAGCAGGAGCCCGUGAAGCCGGCCGUGCUGGCCAAGCCGCCCGUGUGCCCGGCCGCCAAGCGCGCGCUGGGCAGCCCCACGCUCAAGGUGUUCGGCAACCACGCCAAGACCGAGGGCGGCGUGCAGCGGGAGACGCUCAAGCUCGAGAUCCUCAAGAACAUCAUCAACAGCUCCGAGGGCUCCAGCUCGGGCUCGGGGCACAAGCACAGCUCGCGCAACUGGCCGCCGCCCCGGCCGGACGCGCCCGACCUGCACCGCCACUCGUUCGCCGAGUCGCUCAAGGUCUACCCCACGCAGGGCCGCGCCAGCCCGCAGGAGAGCGGCUCGCACGUGGGCCGCAGGCUGCUGGAGCAGUCGGCCGAGUCCUUCCUGCACGUCUCCCACAGCUCCUCGGACAUCCGCAAAGUGACCAGCGUGAAGCCCCUCAAGGCGAUCCCCUGCAGCAGCUCCGCCCCUCCGCUGCCCCCCAAGCCCAAGAUCGCAGCCAUCGCCACCACCGUGAAGUCCCCCGAGGCCGACCCGGUGGAACCAGCUUGUGGAGUCAGCCGAAGACCAUCCCUGCAGCGGUCUAAGUCAGACUUGAGUGACAGGUACUUCCGAGUGGACGCGGACGUAGAGAGGUUCUUCAACUACUGUGGACUGGACCCGGAAGAGCUGGAAAACCUCGGGAUGGAAAACUUUGCAAGGGCUAAUUCUGACAUAAUAUCCCUCAACUUCCGCAGCGCAAGCAUGAUCAGCUCAGACUGUGAACAGUCUCAGGACAGUAACAGUGACCUUAGAAAUGAUGACAGUGCCAAUGACCGGGUGCCAUAUGGCAUUUCCGCCAUCGAAAGAAAUGCUAGAAUCAUCAAGUGGUUAUAUAGCAUCAAACAAGCUAGAGAGUCCCAGAAGGUCUCCCACGUGUAAGAGACACGGUGGUGGAAAAGAGAGGGGGUGGGUCUCUGUGCAUACGCAGUUGUGAAGGUUGUGAGGUCUCCUUGAAGUGUUGUGAGCUUCUCCACUCUUUGUGUUGCUUGUUGUGCAAUGUUUUCAAGUUGCAUGCCUGUCAACAUGGGGACUGACCUGGCUUCCACGUCACCAUCGCUGCAGAGCCUGGCUGAAUCCGCGUCAUCUGCCAAAAGUUGCGGGCCAGAAUCUAAUUAGGGCUUUGCUCUUAAGCAAAACUGUUUACACGAAAACGGUAUACGACUUAAAUAUUUAUGUGGUUCUUGUGUUUUUAUAUCCCUCGCUAUUGUGUCUUAAUUAAAAGUUUUAUCAACUGGC